AUGGACGUCAUGCCAGUUUUGGUUUCCAAGAACAUUAUUGAGCAGACCAUGUUCUCAGCCCUGUCGCUACUCCCAGUCCACAUCUUUCCCUCCGUCGUCUCGCUCUUCUUCAAAACACUUCUAGUCGUCUCCCGUUUGCCCCUCUUCUUCAUUGCCAUCUCCGCCUACGGGACACUCCUACAAUGGCUCCCCGAUGGUUCCGUUGGCAAGAAACUUGCUUUGCUCACCCUGAUGGGUAUAUUCGGCAUCUGGUGGACAGACCUACAAAUCAAUGGUGUUAGACGCGGCUCUCUAGCCCAACAGCCAUCCUUGCGCCUGCCUCACGGAGGGUCUGUCAUUCUGGCAUCGGCCACUUCUCCCAUCAACGCUGUGUACCUUGCUGCAGCCUUCGAUCCUAUCUUUACUAUGUCUUGUCCCGGGACGCGGAAGGUGUGCCGGUUGGGUUUGCUCCAGGCCAUCCUACAUGCGUUUCAGCCAAUUGAGAAUUAUCCGCCUGACGACGCUGCCCUUAACCUGGAGACCUUGCUUGCGGAACACCCAGCGCGAGCCAUUGUGGUGUUCCUGGACUAUGCAACGACGAACAGCAAGGGCAUAGUGCACCGCUCAUCAAACCUCGUUUCCAUUCCCCCUUCGGUAAAUGCCUUCCGAGUCAGCAUCCAGUACACACCGCCGAACGUGACGACACUGGACCAUGGCGGGUAUCUGGCAUUCCUCUGGAUUCUUCUCUCCAGGCCGCUGCACCGCAUCCGAGUGCGUAUCAUCGACGACAUGAACAAAGACAUCGCUUUGUCACAGUCAGACAAGACGAACAGAGGGUCUGCCAAUUUGCUUACGCGGCACAACGGUGAUGGUCCGAGCCGGAGAUCAGGGUCGAGGGCGACCCGCCGGCGCACAUCUAAAUGGCGGCUCAGCGUUCUCGGCGUCAUUGAAGAAUGA